AUGAAUAAGAGCUUUGACAGUCUUGUUGUUGGCGCGAGUGGAUUCGAAAACCUCCCGUUUUUUGAAAAAUAUUGUUGUAAUUACAUCGACAAGGUAAGGCAUUUGCGACUUGGGAAAGGUGGUGCUGGAGCAUUUCGAGAGUAUUUUUUAAGGAUGCAGUACAAAAAUCCUGAAUUCUUUGCAUUGAUGGAUUUAGAUGAUGACGGGAGAUAUUUGACGAAUAGAUAUGACAAACUAAAAGAGUUUGUAGACCAGUUUGAUAAUGCGUUGAAAAAGAAAAUUGAGAAUGAAGAUAGCGCGGACUUCCACUCAUUCAAUGUCACAAUUCCAUGCAUAUCUAGAUCUCCAAUUGAAAAGAGAUUUCAAGAUUUGUACACGAAUGCAAAAUUCAGGGAAGUUCAACAGCAACUUACCCACAUCAUCGAUUUGGAUCCAAUUUUACUUAAGAUAGAUGGUGUAGUAAAGACCUAUCUGGUGGAGGAUGAAGCUUGUGUGGAAGAGUUCGCUAAGUUGGUUACACAUUCUGUGGACUUUAGUGAGGAAGAUGCAGCUGCAAAGUGUUCUUGUGGGUUAUUUCAGAUGAGAGGGAUAUUGUGUAGGCACCUUUUGGCCGUAUUCAAGUGUAACGGGAUCAAAUCAUUGCCAUAUAGGUACAUUUUAGAUCGAUGGCGAAAGGACAUCAAAAGGAGAUACACGUUAAUUGACAACAACUAUGACGCAGGGGAUCAGCAGGCAGAUGCUAACAGAUAUUCAAGUCUAUUGAAUAUCUGCUAUAAGAUGAUUACUCAUGUAGUGGGUUCGAAAGAUCAUAUUGAGGAUGCAACUGCAAAGUUAUAUGCAAUGAUUGACUUAUAUUCUAUGGACAACCAAGAACCCCCAUCGAUCACACUAACGGGUUCCAAUGUUAGUUGUACGACGAAGGACACACCUACAGCUGGUAGUUCAAAGCAAGUACUCAGUCCACAUGUUGUGAGAGGAAAAGGCAGACCCCUAUCUCUGAGGAGAGCAUCCAGGAUGGAGAAAGACAUGUGGAAGGUUAAAGCGAAGAUAAAGAAAGCACGGGGAAACGUAAACAACGAGAUGGACGAGAUACACCAGUCAUAGAUACUUGCAGGAAUUUAUUUGGCCCUUCAAAGAUACAUAUGUCCAUAGCAGGUGCCAUGCAGGUAUAUUAAUAAUUAUAUAUAUAAAUUUGAAUUACAAUAUUCUCUCAUUUCCUGACGAGUAUUUAUCACCAGUCUGUUCCAGAUAACUCAGCUUUUGACAUAAGUGGAACCCAGCUCCGAGAAACAGUGAUUCCGAGUCAACAAAGCGUUCGUUCACUAAUAUUUGAAUAUUUAAGU